CAGCAGCACCUCAGUCGGAAGACCUUCCUUUCUCCUACCUUCUCUCUCUCUACGUACCCAUAGCCUAGCAAGGUGGUUUCCCGCCUCGUCUCCUCACCUUACCCUCGUCGUACCGCAUCCAGUCGCCACCAUGGGUAAGACGCGCGGAAUGGGAGCCGGGCGCAAGCUGCGCAACCACCGGCGCAACCAGCUGUGGGCGGACAAGCAGUACAAGAAGAGCCACCAGGGCAACGAGUGGAAGAAGCCCUUCAUGGGCUCCUCACACGCCAAGGGCAUCGUGCUCGAGAAGAUUGGUAUUGAGGCCAAGCAGCCCAACUCCGCUAUCCGUAAGUGCGCGCGAGUGCAGCUCAUUAAGAACGGCAAGAAGAUCGCCGCCUUCGUGCCCAACGACGGUUGCCUCAACUUCAUCGAGGAGAACGAUGAGGUGCUGAUUGCUGGGUUCGGUCGUAAGGGGCACGCCGUGGGAGAUAUUCCCGGAGUGCGGUUCAAAGUGGUGAAGGUGUCUGGUGUGUCGCUGCUGGCUCUCUUCAAGGAGAAGAAGGAGAAGCCCCGAUCUUAGAUGGAAAAAGAAUUCCCGUACCUGUAACAAGCGUGACCACCAUCACCUGCUGUAAUUUCAUGGGUAUUUGAAAGGCUGCUUUUAUGUUUGGUUUUGGCGGUCGGUCCAUUUAGCCAGCCUUAGAAGUUCCCAGUGGUUGGGAUUGAGCAUCCAUGCAGCUACAGAAGCGUCAGAGAUACAAAGGAAGUACUGGUAAGUAGUGCUGUUGAAACCCUGUAUAGGUUAGUGGAUCAAACAACCGGAGAAUACUUAGUGAGGGGGAGAAUCUAUGUAAGUGGUCGUUAGAGUUUGCGUUACGCAUAUAUUGCACGGAACUUCGGAGGAGGUACUGUCUCUUCGGGACCCAGUAA